GAGUUAAAAGAGGGAGACAACCGGUCCAUGUUUGUAUGAUUUGAUCCUUUUCAUACCCGAGUUGCUGUUCCUGUUAAGAGUGCUGUUACAGUCAUAAAUUGACGCACCGUUCAAAAGGAUAUUUUUUUUGUUUGGCUGGAAUUAAGAUUUCCUGGAUUCUCUGGAGAUUUGAGUCGAGGCCGGGGUCAACGCCUAGUCAAGACAUUUUCUCAUGGUUACUAGCGCAAGGGUGCGUAAAAAACAAAACAAAGGAAACAAUGGCCGCAGUGUAAAGUCAGUUGAUUGUGUUGCCACUGGAACACGUGUGUUUGGGAGCUCAGCUUUAAGUGAAGGCCGGUGGUCAAAGAAAUGGUGACCAGGUCAUUGUUCUUAGCUGUGGCGGUCGUUGUGUUGGCCUUAAGAACGCAUGGAUACCACGAAACUCUGGACCCGCUGCCCGGAAAAGCGCGGUCACUGAAUGGGCAUGAUGUAGCUAUAGUGUUGAUUCCAGAGCCGGAAGUGAGUCUUGUGGAUUAUAAAGAUUUUGGCCGAGCUAUUCAGCUUCUAUUUCCGCUUCGCCUGUACGUCAGUCUAGUGGACAUAUCCAGCGAGAACACGGUGACAUUAGACAACCUGCCCAUACUAAUAGCUGAAUGCACCAAAACUCUCCAUGAAUCCGGCAUGCACUCCGGAUCGGCUGUAUUUCUGGCAACUCAUGGUCAGCUUGGUCACCUAGCAGCAGACUACGCAAGGGCGGUGCCAGAUACUUUAAGGGGGCUCAUUUUGCUUGGGGCAGUUUUACCCAAGAGAGUCAACGUCAUAGCAUUUCCGCUUCCUGUGCUGACAAUAGUUGGGGAGAUUGAUGGUGUCACCAGAAUCACACGAGUCUCAGAAACAUUACACGCCAUGACGCGAUCAGUCAAGUUUGACCCAGAGCUCGCCAUACAGAGCCCGUUGAUCAUUCUCGAAGGUAGCAACCACGACGUGUUCAUCACCGGAAGUCUUCCAUUUUCUCUCUACCAGCAGGACAUCGAGGCGGAAGUGCCGAAGAGGGUCGCCAUGGAAACGGCAGCCAAUUUCACGGCGUUGUUCUUAGCACACGUGCUGCAGGAACCGGAAGUUUUUGUGAAGACUGCUGCAACUGAAUUCAAGAAAGCCUUUGAAGCCGCUCAAAAUAUGACAGCUCCAAUAGAGUUACUUCGUGAGGCCACCAUCAAUAACUUAAAAUCUUAUUGGGUCAAGUCUGCCCAGAAAUGGUUGUCUGGUUUAACGGGGAAGCAGUCGGCACAGAUAGAGGUUGACAGCUAUGUUGAAAAGUCUCAGGAUGGCCUGCCGCCCACCAUGAUUUACGAACAUGGCGUCAACCACAUCGUCACCUUUUCAGAAGUGAUACGCUACGCAGACAAGGGCAAAGCAGAAGACGAUGGUUCAUUGCCCCAAGCCCCGGAUGAGAUUGCUGCCAAAAUGCUCGGCCCGGAACGUAUCCAGGCUGCGUUGAAAAAUGCCACAAGAACCUAUAACUACACAUGUAGGGAUCUUAAUUACGCCUCGUUUAUGACCGCCUACCACACAGCCACAGAGAGAGCCAGGAUAAGGUUUGACGGUUACCACCGGGGCGUCAUCUUCCAACCCGACAUUGUGACCAACUCAGAGGCGCUAUGGGAGAGCACCCAUCUCAAAUUUACUGUCCACGCCUCCAAGCUGUACGUGACCAGCAUCGCCUAUAAGACUCCCAUGGAUGACGACCUCGGGGUGGAGUCUGGGCUUUUUUUCUGCAAGCUUCUACCCCCUGACAGAGCCAUGGAAUGGAUAUAUGUUGAUUCUAUUUUAAGAGACAUGUCAUUUUAAUCGGCUCCUAGGUUAUAUAGCUUUAAAUUAAAUCAAUUUAUUUAUUUAUAACAUGUUAUACAAUUAUUUGUUGUGUUCAAAUGUCGGGAACUAUAAGAUAUAUAUUCGCUGUCGCCAUGUUGCCUUAAGAAUAGAUUAUUAGCUCACUUCCUAUUUAUAGCACCUAGAAUGAAUGAUUUAUAUUUUUUUAAUCAAAACUUUUUUCUGUUGUUCAUCAACAGUAAAAAAAACGGGUCUAAGCUAGUAUAUCUACAUUUUUUGAGCAAACAUAAUUUACAUUGGCUUGAGAUGCUUAGCCAUUAUUGAUACACUAUAAAAUUAGUGUAUUUCUUCCUUUCUAUUGCGUUCACAUUCUCAUGGGGGAGGGUUCAGAUAACUAGUCCUAGAUCUCAGAUGAACUGCGCAGUGUUUUCCAGAUUAGGCAGCUCAUCACAGAGUUUUUCUUCUAAAGUUUUGGGGCCAAUGUCUUGUUCGGGCUACUCGAUAGAGUUUGCAGCUUUAAAUGACAUUGUCGACAUUCUCUGGUGAAACUUCACAAGGGCAAAUUUCACUAGUCCUCUAUAUUCAUCUUGCAUUUUUGUCCUAUAUUGUCUUUUUUCUUUUUUUUAUCCCUGAAUGAGUGCACAAUUCUAAUCUUGUUCUGAAAUUCUGGCCAAGUUUUAAAAGGUUCUUUUUGUUUAAAAAAAUGGAGUGAUUAGCCAAAAUGACACAAUUUUCUUUACAAUUCAUUUAAGAAUAUUAAAAUAGGAAAAUUUCUUCUGAUUAAUUCAUUUUAAUCUUGAUGUCAUUUCCAUUUACCAACAUCUUGGUCAGUACCAGACAAAUGCUGGAUAUCAGAAAUCAUGAAAGAAGACAAAUGAGUUUUUACUUUUACAAUUCAACAUUCUUGCUGGUAAAGGGAAGAAACUCUUGAAUACUAUGAAGAGUAGAAAGCUGAGCUGGUUCAGUCAUAUAAUAAUACCUGACUGACAUGUCAUCCUUUAAUGUACAUUGGAGAAUUGUCCAAAGAAAAGCUGGCUGGACAACAUAAAUUAAUGGACCAGUCUCUCACUUGAUAUCCUACUUAGAACAGCUGCUGACCGAGAAAAAUGAAGGGAUUUGGUUGUGCGAACUGUCACAGCCUACCAUAGGACAAAGGUCAAGGGACAGAAUAUGAUGAUGGUGUCACAUAUGUAUAUAUCUUUGAAAUGUUAGUUAUGUACUCUUUCAUCUAAAAUAUAAUAUUCACCAUACAAGUUUAAUAUGUAUUCAGAAAGCUUGACCAAUUUUCCAAAUUCUGAAGUUUCUUAAGUUUUAGAAUUAAUUUAGAAACAUUUAUCUAAUUUGUUUAGUCUGCAUUCCAAACGUGCCACAACAUUUCUCCUUCCAAUAAUAUCUAAAUAAAUAUCACAGUUCAAUGCAGAACUUGUGUUUUAAAAGUAAAUUAGCUUUUGUUGAUGUUGCACCUAUGAUAGGACAACAACAUGACAGUGCAAUUAAAAAGGCUUAGUGCGCUGACUCAACAUACUAGAUUCUGUCUGAAUUAAAAGUACUUGACCAGUUAGUACACUUGGCAGCACUGCAGCACUUUUUUUUGUGCCCUUUUUUGUGCAUAAGAAAGUUUAUCCAGUACAGGAAAGUAAACAGUGGGUUAGACUGAUUGUAAAAACACUUCUUAUUUUAUAAAUUAUAGACGUCCUUUCUUAACAGGAAAACAAUGACAUCCUACAUGUGUCCAUGUGUAUUUUUGUAUAUGUUGUUAUGAUUCAAUUGUUGUAUGUAUAAUUGUUUCUUUAUUUUUUAGUCGUCUGUCCAUGAGGACUGAUUCUAAGAUACCUAUUUUUUACAAUUUUUAAAAAUAUAAAUCCAGUAUUAAUAUGUUUAUAAAAAUAUGUAUUUAUGCAAUGUUUUAUGGGUUAUAUAAAUGAAUUGUGUGCAUGGUUUGAAAUCAUUAUUAAAUGUUAGCAUCUACUUCCACUAUUUCAAGCUGACUUCUGUACGUGUAUGUGUGCUAUAAUAGCAUUUAGAAGUUGAAUAUCUUGAGAUUGUAAAAUUAUGUGUUUGAACUCAGAAUCAAGGUAUAUGUGCAUUGAAAAUUGGCUUAUCUCAUGGUAUAAUUAUUUUAAAAAUUAAAAUAUUUUAAUAUUUUUUAAAUGUUUAUAGUGCAACAUUAUUUGUGUAAUCUAAACACUGAAUCGGAAAUCCAUUGCAUAUUAAAAUGUAGUGUUGAUAUUUCAAAUAUAUAUAUUUGACUGAUAUUUAUGAGAUAUUUUUUUUCAUUGGUACUUGUACAAAUUUCAUAUUUAUCAGUUUAAAAAAUUCCUAUCUAUAGUUUUAUUAUUUACACCACUUUAUAGAUCAUCUUUUUAGAAUUGUUAAGAUCAACUAAUAGCUUUCUACUUUUACAGAUUGAUGUGACUUUGAUAUGAAUAAACCCAUUAAUAAACAUAUGUACAAAGAGUGAUUCAUUUUAAUGUAACCCAUAUUAUGUCUUAAAAUAAUGAUGUUUCAAACAAAAGAUAUUUAAAAAAUAAGAUUAUAAAAUGUAUGAAAAAUGCUAGAAGUAAUUAUGACAUUGACUGAGCUUUUUCCAUUCUGUUUGUAUAGAGUACUUAAGCAUUGUUCAUCUAUAAAUCUUAGCUUAGGUAUUGCUUUGAACAAACAAAUGGUUGUAUCAUCCAAUCUACAAUUAGAAAAAGUUUAACUUAUUAAGCACUUAUUAUUCUCUUUUAUUUUUGUCGUUUGGUUACUCUUUCAUUUUCUUUCAAUUUAAAGCUGGAAAUUGUCAAUGCUUUUUUUUUAAUUUAUAGAGCUUAUAGGAGUGAUAUUUGUGGAUAAGUUAAAAUGUUAAUUUAAAACAAUCUUCCUCUGACAUUUAACCUUUGAUCUAGGCAUUAAUUUGUUUAGUGAUCACUUUAUAGUUUAAAUCAAAUAUUUAUGUCAUAAAUGUAAAUGAUCAGACCAUUUGCAUAAUAAUGAAAUCAUAUGUGCACAAAUAUAACACUCAACUAGUUUUGUAUGAGUCUAAUGAUCUAGUUUAGAUGUAGUUAAGUGACAGCCCAUGUUAUUUUCUAGAUGUCCAGCAUUUAAAGAAAAUGUGUCUUUUUUUGUCUGCCCCAAGCUGCUACGCCUCUUGUUUCGAUUCCUUGUUACCUCUUAAGCUUAUGAUCUGAUUCUGUUUGGAAAAGUGUUGGCCCCAAGUGUUGGCCACAAGUGUUGGCCAAGAGGAAAAACAAUUACCUGUAAUAAACAAAUCUACAUUUUUAUUCAUAAGUGAGAUGAAUCUAUACAUAUUCCUUAAAGCAGUGUUUCCCAAACCUGUAGAAAAUCACUUGGCACAUUCAGAGAGGUCAGCGGAUCACUAUAUAUAUAAAUACGUAUAUAUGGUCUAAUGGUACCGGUCUAAUGACUUGGAUAGUAUCCUGUCUUUAUAGGAUGUAAAUUGAUACUGGGUAUUUGUCAUAAUAUUGAUACGCUGAAUUCUAAUAACUAUUGUGGUGUCAGGCCUACUUCUAGACUGAGUUUGUUACAACAUGAGAAAAUCUUGCGUCACAUAAACAGGUUAUGAAAUAUUGCAGUAAAAAUAAAAAUAACAACUAGCAGCUUGUUUUGAAAUAUUAUGGUACUCUUUAAAAAACAAAAUCUACCAGAAAUGAUUUAAGGUUAAUUUUGUAUUGUAUGUUUGUUUAAAAUUAGAGUCAAAAUCUAUCAGUUCAAAGUUUGUUAAAGAAUUGAUUUUGUUAACAAGAAUCUUUUUUUGUUUUAAUUCUCUUGUCUGCCUACUAGUUUAUUAUUCUAAUAGUUCAUGGCACACCUUGUCAGGCCAUGUCGAACACUAUGAGUUUCACAGAACACAGUUUGGGAAACACUGCAUUUCAGUAUACACUUAUUUUCUCAGAGCCAUACUGAUUGAAAUCAGAAACUUGCUUGUCACUCUGUGUGUUUGCCUCUUUGAAUAAAAUAAAGUUCCCCUUUUAAACCUUUUGGUCUAUGGAGGUGAUGAUGUAAAUGUCAUCUGUUUCUGUGGCCUACGGCUUACGAGUGUGUCAUGUGGCCAGUACAACGACGUUUACCUUUCCCCUACUAAUGUCAGCUACCCAUUAGAGCUGGUUGGACUCAGAGGCGCCCAAAUAUCCCAAAAUUAAAAAUCCCAGUUUUCAACAGGAUUGGAACCAAGGACCCCCAGUUCAGAAGCCAAGCGCUUUACCUCUCAGCCAUCGCAUCUUCGCAGGUGUAACUCAAAACCUGUUUCUGGUCAGUACUAUGUAAUUACUAGUGUUCAGAUAAUUUAUUGUUUUUAAUUCUAUUCAAUGGAUGACAUAAAAUGCUGCAUGUUAUUAGCAAUACAUUAAACAAUUUGUUCCAUAUGA